ACAAGACAACCCAACCAUAUCUUAUUUUCGUUCAUUUCUCCAUUUAAUUCUCCUGUUUCGAACAAAAGUCCCAUUGUUUCCCAUGGCUCCAGUCCCAUCUCCGCAAGUGCUACUCCCCCGUCUUCUCGGUAAAGUCAUUACUAAAGACGCGAAGAAAGAGACCAGUACUCCAGAGAGCCCUAAGAGUCCAAAAACCCCACAAGGCUCUAUCCUCAUGGACAAGUACGAGUUAGGAAAGCUUCUUGGCCACGGAAGCUUCGCUAAAGUCUAUCUCGCCCGGAACAUUAACACCGGCGAGAACGUCGCCAUCAAAGUCAUCGACAAAGAAAAGAUCGUCAAAAGCGGUUUAGCCGGCCACAUAAAACGUGAGAUAUCCAUCCUCCGCCGCGUCCGCCACCCUUACAUCGUCCACCUCCUCGAGGUCAUGGCUACAAAGACCAAGAUCUACAUCGUCAUGGAGUACGUACGAGGCGGAGACCUUUACACAAAGGUCUCCAAAGGGCGGCUCCGCGAAGGAGUCGCCCGUAGAUAUUUCCAACAGCUGAUCUCCUCGGUUUCCUUCUGCCACGGCCGCGGCGUUUACCACCGCGACCUGAAGCUCGAGAAUCUUCUUUUAGACGACGAAGGGAGCCUUAAGGUAUCUGACUUCGGUCUCAGCGUCGUCUCCGAGCAGCUCAAGCAAGACGGGAUCUGCCAGACGUUUUGCGGGACGCCUGCUUAUCUGGCGCCUGAGGUUUUCACGAGGAAAGGCUACGACGCGGCUAAAGCCGAUGUGUGGUCUUGCGGAGUGAUCUUGUUUGUGUUGAUGGCUGGUUACCUUCCUUUUGAUGAUAAGAACGUUAUGUUUAUGUACAAGAAGAUAUUCAAAGGACAGUUUAAAUGUCCUCAUUGGUUUUCACCUGAGCUUACGAGGCUUAUGGGGAGGAUCUUGGACACGAAUCCGGAUACAAGAAUCACGAUAUCGGAGAUCAUGAAGCAUAGAUGGUUCAAGAAAGGGUUUAAAGAUGUUAAAUUCUAUAUCGAAAACGAUAAGUUAUGUAGAGAGGAUGAUGAUGAUGAUGAAUAUGAUUCGUUGUCAUCAGGGAGAUCAUCUACUGCCUCAGAGGGAGAUGCAGAGUUUGUGAUUAAACGAGUUGGUUCAAUGCCGAGACCCGCCAGUCUAAACGCAUUUGACAUCAUAUCAUUCUCUUCGGGAUUCGAUCUUUCUGGCUUGUUUGAAGAAGGAGGACAAGGAGCGAGGUUUGUAUCCGCUGCUCCCGUGACAAAGAUUAUAUCAAAGUUGGAAGAGAUUGCGAAUGUGGCGAAAUUUACCGUGAGGAAGAAGGAUUGGAGCGUGAGGCUAGAAGGUAGUAGAGAAGGUGCUAAAGGACCGCUGACUAUUAAGGUUGAGAUAUUCGAGUUGACACCGUCUCUUGUGGUGGUUGAAGUGAAGAAGAAAGGAGGGUUUAUAGAAGAGUAUGAAGAGUUUUGCAGCAAGGAGCUUAGACCACAGCUAGAGAAAAUGAUGCAUUACCAAGCAGAUGAAGUUGAAGUAGCAAUGUGUUUGGUCCCAUGUUAAGAAAACUGGAUGGUCGAGAGAAGAAGACAGUACAAGAGAAGGUAUUGAUUACUAUAGAAACAUUCUUUGUUACCAUACCAUUUAUUUUUUCAUUUGUUCUGUGAUUAUUAUGUGUAUAUGAAAGUGAGAGUUGUAAUAAGAGUGAUAGGAAGAUCAGAGACUGAGAUCCUUAAGGCAGUUUUAGACGGUUUUUUCGCUGUUGCUGUUGUCCAUGUAUCUCUAGAAAGAGACGAGCUUAAUGGAAAUUCUUUCUCGGCCUU